ACACAGCUGGAUCGCUACCGACCGAAUCCCCCUCUCUCUCGCGCGCGCGCUUAGUAGUCAGACGUGUUUGUCUCGAGUUCUGCUACUCAGUUUAGCCGUUUGCCUACAACGACACCACGGCAGCAUGCGAACGCUACUGGACAGCAGCUGGAUAAAGUUUGGGCCAGCCGGCAGAGGGUCCAUCGAUUGGGUGACUGGGUCACCUUCUCCCCCCACGGUAGAGAGACAGUUACAGGGCUACAACUGGAAUGAGCUGAACCUCGACAAGGAGGGGAGGUCAGAGCUGCUCCUCUAUGUGGUCCUCCCCGUCGCCUCCCUCCUCAUUCUGGGCCUCCUGGUACUCCUGGCCUACUGGAGGUGCUCCCCUCCCAAGCUCAGCCUGGCCCAAAUCAUCGCCCUGGACCUCCAGGACGCCGAGAGCAGCGCUGAGUUCCUCUCCUCGCUCACCGGCCACGGCGAACGCCACACCAGCACCAGCUCUGACAUGUCGGACAGUGUGUUCGUCAUGGUCUACCUGCCGCCGCCCUACGAGGAGACGCUGACCAAGAUCACACGCGCCGCCAGUCUGACCAGUCGGAAAGAGUCCAUGAAGAUAGAGGACCUGGAGGCCUGGCUGUGUCCGGAGAUCAAGUCCAGUGGACGCUACGUGUGACUGGGGAACACUGGGACUGUCUCUCAAAUGGCACCCAAUUCCCUAUAUAGCCCACAUAGGGCUCUGGUUAAAAGUAGUGCACUUUGUAGGGAGUAAGGUAUAACUAGCAAGCUCUUUAGAAUAAGGGGUUUUCAAUGGAUUAAGAAAAACAUCAGACCUGAGUUAAUCUUUUGUGGGUACCAGCUUUCUACACAGAGGAGUGUGCAAUUGCAUGAAAGCUGGAAGCUGGAAAUUGCAUUGACUGGCUGUCUAUUACAUCUAGAUUCUCUACAGAGGACAUACGCUGACUAUGUACAAACCGUAGGUCACAGUAGGCAAAUAAAACUCUUUCAACGAUACAAAAAAGAAUAUACAAUUCAUUUGCGUUGUUUUUAUCUCCUAAAUGAAACCCAUUUUUACUUCCACACUACAACCCUCCUGUACCUGUGUUGUUUUACAGUUUGUUCCUUAUUUGGAGACUUAAGAAUGUCAAUGUGCAAAGUGCAAGAAUGUUAGUCUUAUAUGUAAUACUGUAUGUUAUUUGAAUUUUAUUGUAAUUGUAUUUAUAUGUAAGAAGGUACAAAGACCUAGCCUGGGUACCAUGCCUUUGACAGGAGUGGCAAGGGGUGGAAUGUUAGCUAGACUGGUACCUGGACUUACAAAGACCUGGUCCAGGUUAAUAAUUCCCUUCAUUCCUUGGAAUCACAUCAUGAAUGUACUCCUAAAAACCUCAGACCUGAUAUGUUUUAUAGACUACAUAACAGAUAUGCAGUAUAAUUUACAAGUAAUAUGUUUGUACAAAGUGUUAUAUUGUUUUUAAAUAAAUAAUAAGAAAAGCAUGGUUAUGAUUGACAGAGUUCCAUCAUCAUCACUUAUGCACUGAGGCUGCAAAGUUAUAAUCACAUGCUGCCCCACUAUGGUACAUCUUGGUCAUAUCAUGUAGACUAUGUAGAGGUGAGCUCUCCUUUCCAAACGCAUGCCUUACAUUACAGCUAUGGUCUUGCUGCGUUUCUGAGCAAGAUUGUCAAGAAGUGUUAGAAAUGUCCAGGGGUCCAACUAGAUCUAGCAGCUACAGCAUUUCAUAUUCUACUCUUUGUACCAUUUAUUCUUGUAAAUGAUCAGUUUCAGAUAACUAGACUUCAUGGAAGCG